AUGUUCGAUUUACGACUACUGAUUGUGUUCAAGACGAAAAUUACUACUUCUUUCUUUCAACUUUGUGAUGCUCAUGAGAAUAAGAAGAACUAUAAAGUAAAAGAUUCUGAUGAUAUUGCCCGGUAUAUAUAUGGAUGUCGUUUGUUGGCAAGCACUUCGUGGGAUAAAGUGGAUUAUAUUCUUUUUCCACUAAACAUUAAAGAGGGUUGUCAUUGGAUUCUUGUCGUGUUUGAUAUUGUGCAAAGGUUUUUGGAGGUAUAUGAUUCAUUUUCGGCAAGGAGUGGGGUGAAUUUUGAGGUUAAAAAUAUUGUUGAGAUGCUUUCAAUUGUUUUACCAUAUUACCUGAGUGUGGUCAAGUUCUAUGAUAAGCGUCCUGAAUUGAAGGCAACACCGAAAUACAGUGGGAUAGAUGAGUUCGAGAAAAUUGAGUUUCAUUUCAUAACUAAAGGUGUUCCCAGACAACAAGAUGACUCGCUGGACUGUGGAGUUUUCGUUGCUGCAUUUGCGGAGUUUGUAAGUAAUGGCCAACAUAUUCUAAAUCAACAAGUAAAGGCAGACAUUCUCCGAAAGAGAUUUGGAGCUAUAUUAUGGGAAUAUGCAAGAAGGAAGCAAGCGAGUGACCUUCAAAGUGAAGACGAAAGACCGGAAAGAUAA